CUAGUUGAGUUGAAAAUUUCACAUAUUUUCGUCGCCAUUUUUGUCGCGACGGUGCUCGUGCUGUUGUGAAAAUUUUGCAGCAAAUUUCCCUGCCACCCAUCGUGCUUUCAUCGGUGGAACUCGACUGAAAUUUGGCUUUAGUGUUUCCAAAUUCGUAUCCACCCCAAGAUUGUCCGUAAUACGUCGAUUGCUUUGCCCGAAAAGUGCCCUUGGCUUUGCUGUAGUUGUACGUGUUCAUCUCCGUGUAACACCACCCUGCCCAAUACCACCCUAUCGUCACUGCGUAUAUUCGUGAUCGUGCGAAAGAAAAAAGAAUCGAAAGACCCGGCCAACAGUCGAAAAUAAUACAGCGACAGCUAGAAAGUCUUGUGCCUCGAAAGCGCCUCAACUUAACGAGAGAGCUGCGUUUGCACUUGAUCUGCUUUUUAGCAGAGUUUGGAAUUGUGCGUGCGUUUUUUCCCAAAACCCAAAAGAAGAAGAAGUAUUUCUUCCAGAUUUUUGUUUUGAGAGGUGAUCAACAUGGCAAACUAAAAAAGUAACAAUGAUGCCGCAACGUAAGGAACAAGUUUCACUCUCCGUCGCCGCCGUCGUCGUCGCUAGCGCUAGCAGCACCCCCACCAGCAGCAGCAGCAGCCGAAUCCGUCGCGCUGCCUGCUCCACCAUCGAAGCCCAGGAAGAAGGCUCCCCAAUUUGCGAAUCGUCCUAUCUGCAAGCUGUAGCGUCAGCCACCACCAUUCUCAAUGGAGAAGAAUCGUUUUACCAAUCAGAAUCUGUCCAAGGGGCAGAUUUCUGAGACGAAGAAAAAUCAAGAUGUUUCUGUUAAGUGGCCUCGGCAGUCUAAACGUCGCGGUGAACAAUCGGAUAGCAGCAACAACAACAACCAUCGGAACGGUGCCAGCACCGGUAAAGUACCGAACGCGAACAAAACUCGUAAUCAAAGCAACUACAACUACGAUGCUAGGCAACGGUCGCAACGAGCCGUCCGUGCGUCGGACCAACCUCACACCACUGGCGAGGGCGACAUCGGGUCGGGUUCGCUGGCUGAAGAACAAUCGACCGUUGGCGGAACCACCGGAUUAGCUGCAACGGCCAGACCGAACCCGACGCCAACCGGCGUACGUGGUGAACUACAUUCGGUGUUUACACCAGGCUCGAAAAAGCAGAGUCUGAAUCAUUUGCUGAACUAUCACUACGCUCCGCGUGAUCGCGACCAACCGGUACGAUUCUCGCGCACGGGCAAUAUUCGCAAGCUAACGAACCAGUCGCACGGUCGCUACAACAAGGAGCAGUUCCUGCAGGCCAACUGCCAGUUUGUGGUACGCGCUGGGGAAGACUACGAAGGGCUGCUGGGCGCACCCGAUCAGCUGGUAGACUGGGGCAAGGUGGAACAAAUCCACGUGCUCAGCUCGGAGGAACCGCAGUGUCCGAUCUGUCUGUAUCCGCCGGUUGCGGCAAAGAUGACGAAAUGCGGUCACGUGUACUGUUGGCCGUGCAUUCUGCACUAUCUCGCACUGUCGGACAAGACGUGGCGCAAGUGUCCCAUCUGCUACGAAGCGAUCCAUCUGCCGGAUCUGCGAUCGGCCGUAUCGAAACCGUUCCACGCGUUCGGUAUGGGAGAGUACGUUACGCUGCAACUGAUGAGACGCGAGAAGGGCACGAUGAAGGUGGUGGAGGUGAAUGAUGAGCUGAAUCUGGGGCUGUCCCGUCCGACCGGUGUGGCGAUUCCACACUUUGAUGCAACCGUUGGAAACAGCAUCCUGACCAAGUUGCUGCUUACGGACACGGAGCAGAUGUUGAAAAUCAUGGAGCGCGAGCAAACGGAGCUAGAAAAUCAGCUUGUGUCCGAUGGUGCGGAAGCACCAGAAAACAUGUUUGUGCAGCAGGCGCUUGACAUACUUGGCGAAAGGCGUGCCACUUUGAUGGCCACUAAAGCGAUCGUAUUUCCCAUUCCGGCGGAGAAGACGCUCGUGCGUGGAAUGUCAGACGAUAGCGUCCCCGCUGAGCUGCAGCUGGCGGACAGUAAUGCGCUGGCGGACGAUGGUGCGAGUGAAGCGUCGUCCGAUUUUAUGAUCGACGAGGAGAGUAAUUUCACCGUCGGUGACAUUGACAUCGUCCCAACGGCGCAAAGUGCCGGUCAGCACUACUAUUUCUACCAAUCGCUCGACGGACAACCGCUGUUUCUGCACUCCAUUAACAGCCGCAUGCUGCAAGCAAUGUACGGUAGUCUGGACCGUAGUCCGCACCGCAUUACGGGUCGCGUGGUGCAGAAAGAUUCGUGCUCCAUGGAUGAGAAUUUGCGCCGCCGGUUGAAGUAUCUCGAGCAUCUGCCCGUCUGCACUCAGUUCGAUGUGGUUGAGCUGGAUUUUGGACCAUCGGCUGACGGUGGCGGAAGGCUCGUAUCGGACGAGGUACUGAGCUUGUUCCACGACGAGCUGAGCCUGCGCCAACGGACACGGCAGAAGCGUGCCAGAGCGGAGCAAAAGCGCGAGAAGCAGAUUUUUGAGUUUAACGAGCGUCAACUGGGCAAAGCGAUGGCACGAUCGGCCCGGAUUUCCAUCGACUCGACCAAACAGUUUCCUUCGUGCGGUUUGUCCGAGUCGUACCCGGAUGAUUCAACUCCGUUCUCCGGAACUAGUCCGGUUGCAAGCGAUAUUUCGAGCUCUCCCGGUUCUGGUGGGUCCGUGCUGUCUUCUUGGUCGAAGAUGGUAUCGACUCAACCUUCGUCGAGUCAUCGCUGGCCCACGCUAGGAGGGGGAGCAUCGUCAUCCAUUUCCAGCGCCCCCUCAGCACCAGCACCGAAGCUGGUACAAGUCACGGGCAGCCGUAUGACGGCUUCGACUUCCCGUACUGCCGGUGGCUGGCGCCAACCAACCUCCUCCGAUAUCGAUGAGGAUGAAACGGACGAAGAGCUUAUUGCGGCACGAGCACCGCGUUUCAACAACAAUCUUGGCCGAGCGAUUGAGGCUGCACUGGAGAAGAAGGUUUCCCAGCCGAACCAUCAAUCGGCCAAUGCUGCUUCCGGCUCCGGUUCGGGAGCUGGCUCUGCCGGUGGGAAGCGUAAGAAGAAUAAAAAAACGCUCCUGUUUGCAUCCGGCAUGAAUCUGAACUGAGAUGCCGGGCGGAUGAACGAUGAUGAUGUUCGUUCUACUGACGGCUGCUUGUGUUUCUUCAAUGCGUCUUCUGUGUGUACAAUAACUCUGUUAAGUUUUAACCAUUUCCCUUGGUUCGUUCUGGUACGUUAUGAAGUCUAUGAAAUAAUUUUGGAUAACUGGUUUUGCUUCUUGGUAAAAUGUAUACAUUGCUUAAAAUUGCUUCCUAUGCUAAAUUUA